AACUCAACUAUCAAUGAUGAAACAAUUAAGCAACGAAACUUUGGCUAAUACCAUGUGGCUAAUCUUCUACAAAUAUUUCUCUUUCUUCUCCUCCCUCCUGCGUCUUCCUCCAAUUGCAGACGAACCAGGUAAUGGGUCGUCUUCUUCCCGGGCCGGUUCCACCUCUAUCCAUCCACUAUUCGGUGGUGGUGCGUGCCGCUGGCCCGGUUGUGAGCGAGUGUUCGACGAGUUCGAAGACUUCUACAACCAUCUGCAUUCCGACCACAUCAACGGUGACUACUCGGCCGCCCAGGCACGCAUCCAGAUGGAGGUCGUCUGUCAGCUACAUCUGCAGCUGCAAAAGGAGCGUGACCGGCUCCAGGCAAUGAUACUGCAUCUGAACAAGAAGAACGAGAUGCUCCGCACACCGGCCGCCCUGUUCGGUGGUUCAUUUUUGUCGCAGCUGCCCACGAUACCACCGCUACCAUCGGCCGCCCCAUCCCAGGCCAACACGGUGCCACCCGCCGUGACGGGUCCGUUCGAUCUGAUCGCUGGUUUGCGCUUCCCGGCCGAGCUGGCCGCCGAUAUGGUGCAGGGUGCGUUCGGGGCCCGACUUCCCCACCAGCACGUUGGUGUGGGAUCUGCCGUCGGAUCGGCACACCAUCUCCACCAUCACCAUGGUACGCAGCAGCAGCAACAGCAACAAUCGUCACUACAUUCGCUUUCACCACCUGUGACGGGUGCGCACGGAACGGGACCGAUGACCGCAUCCGGGCAAGGUGCUACAGGGAAAGGUUCCAAAGGCGGAGGAGCUGUACGGCCGAAGUACUUUUCCCCGCAGGAUAGCGAUGAGCUUAACUACCCAGAUGUACAGGACGAUGUGCACAAGAAUAGGGAGUUCUAUCGCAGCCAUGACGUACGUCCACCGUUUACGUAUGCGUCACUCAUACGCCAGGCCAUCAUCGAGUCGCCCGAGAAGCAACUCACGCUGAACGAAAUCUACAACUGGUUCCAGAACACGUUCUGCUACUUCCGGCGGAAUGCGGCUACCUGGAAGAACGCCGUACGGCACAACCUGUCGCUGCACAAGUGUUUCAUGCGGGUGGAAAACAUAAAGGGCGCCGUAUGGACGGUGAACGAGGCGGAGUUCUGUAAGCGUCGGCCCCAAAAGCUCGGCAUCAUGCAGUUUAAGUUCCAGCAGCAGCAACAGCAGCAGCAGCAACAUCAUCAUCAUCCGGCCACUUCACUAGCUGGGGCCGGUUCCGGUUCUGGACAUCAGGGCAAGAAGAAGCAACAGUCACCUGCAGUGUCGUUACCAUCAGCGGCGUCACCCCAGCAUACGGCACCGAACCAUACGCUGCCGGGAUCUCCUGCACGGGCCGGCGGCACCUCGAUCGGUGCAGCCAUUGCGGCCAGUGUUGCCAACACGCUCAAACCACCGCCACCACCAUUCUUCUACAAACGGUUCGUUUAAAGUGUCUUACACACUAAUGCCAUUCUUUCAUCUUGUCCCCAACCUCCAAUUUCCCACUAGCCUCUCGCGAGAUGAGGUAAACCUCAGAGUAGUUUUGUUUGCUAUUCGAGGCCGAUACUGCCCGUAUGACAAUGACCUGCUGGCGCAAGAUGUCUGCUUUUUGCCACUAACCUACGAGGCUUACUAACCGCCAUCAUUGUGUGUACUCUACAUCACGGUGCCAUUGCGGUUCGUGUCUCGGGUGUGCGGAUGCGGACGUUCUCUUUCCUUGAACAACUUCAAACCAACGGACUGCUUUGCUGUGUAGUAGAACAAUGAACUUCUGCCAUUCACAUUGGGCCCCCUCUCCGCAGUGUUUAGAGCGGGGUCCAUACGGGUCGGAGAGUUCAUGUGUUGGUUUUCUCCUGUUCCGUUCCUUUCUAUGCACCCACAAUACGCACGUUAUACGAACACACACAGAACGCAAUACGAACCAACCUGUCACUGCACAAGUGCUUCGUGCGGUACGAGGACGAUUUCGGCUCGUUCUGGAUGGUGGACGAUCACGAGUUUCUCAAGCGGCGUCAUCUCUCCCGAGGCCGUCCGCGGAAG